AUGCAUAAUGGGCGUUGGGGACACACUGCAUCCAUAUUAAAAGAUGGGGGAGUAUUAAUUACUGGUGGACUAGCUGAAGACGAAUGUGCUGAACUAUAUGAUCCACCAACAGGCAUAUGGACUAUUACUGGUUGCACGAAUGAACCACGGGUAUAUCAUACAGCAUCCGUAUUAAAGAAUGGAAAAGUGUUAGUCAGUGGUAGUAUGACAAAUACUGCUGAGUUGUAUGAUCCAUUAAUAGGAACUUGGACUUAUACUGGUCAAUUGCAUGGGAUACGUUGGUGGCAUACUGCAUCCGUGCUAGCAGACGGGAAAGUGUUAGUCGCUGGUGGUAUCAAUGCGGGUGAUUAUUUGAAUAGUGUUGAGUUAUACGAUCCAGCAACAGAAAUUUGGACAAUUGUGGCUCCCAUGAGUAUACCACGUAUUUUACAUACUGCAACUGUACUAAGAGACGGGAAAGUAUUGGUGUCUGGUGGUGAAAGAUCUUACAGUCCUGUGGGUAGUGCUGAAUUGUACGAUCUAGUAAGGAACAUUUGGACAAAUACUGGCGGCACGAAUGGGACACGGAUAGGACAUACUGCAACUAUGUUACCAGAUGGAAAAGUGUUAACUACUGGUGGAUAUCUUGAUAUUGCUGAGUUGUACGAUCCAUCAACAAAAACUUGGACAAUGACUGGUACAAUGAAUAGUCCACGAAUUUCCCAUGUGGCAUCGCUAUUAAACAAUGGAAAAGUGUUAGUUGCUGGAGGAGAACCUGAUGCAGGCGUUAUAAAUACUGCUGAAUUGUAUGAUCCAUCCACAAGAGUUUGGACAAAUACUGGAAGCAUGAAUCAUGAUCGUUCGUGGUUCACUGCAUCCGUAUUAGAAGAUGGAAAAGUGUUAGUUGCUGGUGGGUUAAAUAAUGGUUACUUUUCAAAUAUGGAGACUGCUGAAUUGUAUGAUCCAUAA